AAGAGACACAGAAAGAGAGCUAGAGAGAGAGAGAGAGAGAGUGAGAGAGAGCUAGAGAGAGAACAGCAGUUCAACUAGAUCACAUUGCAACAGAUUCAUACAGACUGCUGGUCAGUGAGUAAGUGGAAAAGGGAAUACUGUGCUGUUUUUCCAGAGGGACAUGAGAAGACUUGGCAGAUGUCAUGUUGGAACAGAUGAGGAUGACACGAGGAGCUGCUGAAGAUUUAGUCCUAAAAGAUGGAAAUACAAAAACCUGACUUUUCCUGGGGACACUUCUCAUUAGACACAGCACACCUGUUUAACAGAGCCAGCACUGAGUGAGCAGCAGCAGCAGCAGCAGCAGCAGCAGCAGCUUGGCCCGGGGGUCGUUCUGCUUCAGCCUUGUUGCCCGGUCACAUAUGAAAGGAUGAAGAGUGUAAAGCGGGGUCUGUGUCUUCCUCUGAAUAUGGUGGAGUGGUUUCCUCCUGUGUUAGAGUAAUGCACAGAGGAAGAGGAGGACGAAGCAGCUGCAGGGACAGAUGCUAAGUAUGCCUUAGACUUAGUUCAUGAGGGGACACCGGGAGUGAAGAGACAACCCUCAACUUCUUCCUUCCACGUCCACGUGAAGCGCAAGGAAGUGAAAAUUCAGAGAGACCAAAAAACCACGGACUCCCACUCGGCUCUCUGUCUAUGACUCACUACCAUGACGCUCAGCCAGUGAUCGAGUUCUGAAGGCCACAGUCACACAUCGGGACUCGAGGCCUUGUCCUUCUGCUCCACUCUGCUGCUGGAGGCUCUUCCCGGAGCAUGAGUGUGGGAGGAAUCAACCGCUACAGCAUUGUGUCGUCUGAAGAAGAGGGCCUCCGCCUCACUACCAUGCAUGGCAUGAACGGCUUUGGCAAUGGCAAGAUCCACACACGCCGCAAGUGCCGCAACCGCUUUGUCAAGAAGAACGGCCAGUGUAAUGUGCAGUUCACCAACAUGGACGAGAAGUCACAGCGUUACAUGGCUGACAUCUUUACUACAUGUGUCGACAUUCGUUGGCGAUGGAUGCUGGUAGUCUUCACCCUGGUGUUCGUCGUCUCCUGGCUGGUCUUCGGGUUGGCCUUCUGGGUCAUCGCUUUGUUGCACGGUGAUCUUGAUAAUCCAGCGGGAGAUGACAACUUCACUCCAUGUGUUCUACAAGUCAACGGAUUCGUGGCUGCUUUUCUGUUCUCCAUUGAAACACAGUCGACCAUAGGCUACGGUUACCGCUGUGUGACGGAGGAGUGCCCGGUGGCCGUGUUUAUGGUGGUCUUCCAGUCCAUAGUGGGCUGCAUCAUUGACUGCUUUAUGAUUGGCGCCAUCAUGGCCAAAAUGGCGAGGCCCAAGAAGCGGGCGCAAACGCUGUUGUUCAGCCACAAUGCUGUCAUUGCCAUGAGGGACAGGAAGCUGUGUCUCAUGUGGAGGGUAGGCAACCUUCGCCGGAGCCACAUAGUGGAGGCCCACGUCAGAGCGCAGCUCAUCAAACCUCGGAUAACAGACGAAGGGGAAUAUAUCCCCUUAGACCAAAUAGACAUUAAUGUGGGCUUUGACAAAGGUUUGGACAGGAUUUUCCUGGUUUCACCCAUCACCAUUCUCCAUGAGAUAGAUGAGGAGAGUCCACUUUUUGGGAUCAGCAACCAGGACUUGGACACAGCAGACUUUGAGAUUGUUGUCAUCUUGGAGGGUAUGGUCGAAGCAACUGCCAUGACCACUCAGGCGCGCAGCUCCUACCUGGCCUCUGAGAUCCUUUGGGGUCACAGGUUUGAGCCGGUCUUGUUUGAGGAGAAAAACAUUUACAAGGUGGAUUAUUCUCACUUUCACAAAACAUACGAGGUGCCGUCCACCCCGCGCUGCAGUGCCAAGGACAUGGUGGAGAACAAGUUCCUAGUCCCCAGCUCCAACACCUUCUGCUACGAAAAUGAGCUGGCCUUCCUCAACCGGGACGAAGAGGAGGAGGAUGUGGGCGGUGGAAGCAGAGCGCUGGCCAACCUGAGUCCAGACCGAAACAGUCGGCAUGAGUUUGAACGCCUACAGCCGAGGGCACUGGAUCAAAGGUCGUAUCGGAGGGAGUCGGAAAUAUGACAUCUACCCACUGACCCACGGUCAGUGUUUGAUGACUUUUCCCAAGGGUAAUAAUGUUGAACAAUGCAAAGUGCCAUAGGAACUGACUACUGUGAAAGUUUGCAAAUGACACAACGCAACACAAUAAAGAGUUGAUGUAAAAGGAGCUGUGCAAGAACAGGAGGAGAGUGACUGGUAAGAAAUGUCUGCAAUCAAGGAAAAAGGCCGAAGAAAGAGCUUUUUCCUUUAUGGAAACUUGAAUCUUUUUUUCCACAUGGUUAUUUUAUGUAAAAGGUAUUUAAUAAGCGGCAUUACAAACUGUUAUGAGUGUAAAUACAUCGCUUAGAUACAGUAAGUUGCGUUUCAUGUGCAGUAUCAGUUUCCAAAAAUGAUGCCUCUUUACAGAAGUAGAACUUUCUUUCUUUUUCUUAAUCUUAAUCUUGGACGUAAAUAACAUUGAUAGAAGGCUUAUCUUCACAGCUGCCCACACUGCAUCAUUUGCCCGACCUGUGUUCAGUGACACAUUGAAAAUUCAUGCACUGCAGCAUUCAAAUGCAAUGAGCCAUGAUAAAAGAACGAGCCACUGAAAACAACACAGCACGACGCCCUUGUUGUGAUACUGGUGAGAUCCUCAAAUCUACCAACGGAGGGAGAACGGGCAAAACUGACUGCACUAUUUCAUGUUGUAGAAAUACAGUACACACUGGACAACAUAAAAAUAUUAUUCGCACACGUCACCAACUUCAUGAUUAGGAGGUUCUGACCAAACAUGCAUUUCUAGUGAAUCAGGUGAAACAGAUCUAAAGCACAAACAGAGAGGAGUUGCACAAAACUUUUUUUUUUUUUUUGCAAGAAAGAAGUUGCAAUAUUCCAGAUAUUUACUGAUAAGAUGUUGUAUUUUGUAACCCCCUCAAUAAGAGGUGCACCUUAUAUAGAUCUUUACUUUUUCAUAAAGAAACAAAACACAUCUGUAAAAAUGCCCUUAAAAACACCUCACACUUAAUCUGUUCAUCUGUUCUUUAUAUUUGAAACUAUGCACAUCCUUCACACAGUUCAGGGGACGGAGAUUUGUGUUAGAGAUAAUGUGCCGUAGAAAGAGGAAAUCCUGAGUGGUUUUCAUUUUUUAACUAUUCCUGAACGGCUGUAAACACUUUACCUAAUAACCAAUAACCCUGACCUCCCUGAUGCCGUAGUUAGAAACUGCUUCUUAAUAAGGCAUCUGAGCAAAACAGACUCUCUUCAAAGUGGUAGUUCAGAUGCAAACUGCAGAAAAUAUAUUUUCACUGUCUGCAGAUGAAUAUUUGUUGCUUUAUACUCCGAGGCGUUAUGUGACGUAACUUAGUUCUAAAUGAAACUGGUUAACCAGUAAUGUAAGUCUUCUAUAACCACCCGUUAAAUGGAUUAAAAAGUUCACCAGCAUCUAGAUGUCGUCACUUUCUUCUAGCCGGUCUCACAAAUGCACACUGUAAGUGAACAGUACGCGGUCGACCUUGUUGGUUUCAGCAGCAAGAAACCUCCUCCAAACCUAAUCCAAGGUUUGAGCCUCGUAGCUUUUAGCUUUCUUCCACUUGAAUCAAUUUAAAAAUAAAAUGUAAAAACAAAGUUGAAUGCUUAAUUUCCCUCUUUGAUGCAAACUAAAGAAGUGAAAUACAAGUUUGGUGUCUUCAUACAUGUCAGAAUAUUCUGCUACACUGGACAGAUUAGACUCUCAUUGACUUUUUAUAAUAAAAAUUAAAAUAACAAUAAACUAAUAAUAAGAUUAGCUUUUUUUAUCCAGACCCCUGGUCAGUAUGACCAAAUAUUUUCAUUCUCAUCCAAAUGUUACUGUUUAAUUCAAAGGCAACAGUGACUGUAUAUAAUGACAGGAUUAGGGAUAAAUGAUGUCACUUUUUAUACCAAAGUAAGGGAGCUUUGUCUUUUGUUUUAUAUAAAUAUAUUGUCAGUAAUAUUACCAUGAUCCCCCCAAUACGAUUAAUCACAACCUGUAGUUGUUUUAAAAUUGCUCUUAUUGUCCUUAAUAAAUCAAUCAUAAAAUAAAAAAGUAUUUGAAAUCAGACUAUAUGACCUGCUAUAUAGAUUAAUGGAAAUAAUAUUCACCACGCUUGGCUGCAUUUCUGUACUGCUCGACCCUCCUCCACCCCCCAACCCCUUUUUUUGCUCCAUUUAUUGAUUUCAUGUCGUCACAGUCUUUAAUACUUUUCUAAAAGACAUUUUACUUUUGGCUGUAUUUUAUGACUCCACAUGAUAUUUCUUUUUAUGCUGUCAUUUGUAAAGUGUAAAAAGAAAAAAUCUAUACGUACAAAGAUCCUACACCUUUGGACACAGUUUGGCUUUUUAUUCUGACACAAUUAUUUCAGAAGCAAAUGAAUCACCUUGGGCUAAACGGUCUUUUUGUCUAGUCCUCUGAAGGACAAUCUUGGAGUGGAUGGACGCCCUGGUCAAACACUGGAUUUAUUUUUGUCCUUCUGAAUAAAUGAAUAAAGAAUAAUAUUUAUUGAAUUAUCAGGUCCAGCCACCAUUUAAAUCCCUGUGACUGACUUUUGGGUCGCCACUCACCAUUUGAGAAACACUGCCCAACCCUAACCCAAUCCUACAAUUUUAUUAUGCUGUCUACCUUCCGAGAAGGUUCUGUAUGUAAACUCUUUGCUCCUAAUCACACGACUUUCCAUCAUUAAAAGGGUCAAGUCUAUCAUUUCUACUGAUUAUUAUUUUUCAGGUUUGAUGUUUUCCCACCUGAGCCCUUUAAUAAGGAGCAGACCACAGUGACGGGGACGAGGUUUAUCGUGUACAAAGCCUAGAGUCAAUAUAAGAGGUAUAAUAGGAAACAGCCAGGCUGAACAAACCUGCUUAUUUUUAUACAAAGUUCUUUUUGAUAGAAUAUAGCGAUGGAUAUUUAUCUGCUGUUACUAGUCUAUGGGUAUAAGGAGGCAUCGAUGUGAUUGUUGUCUCAGUUAACAAUGAUUUCCUUUCUGUCAUUUCUUUUUUCCUUCUGCACAGAUGCUCAUGAUUAAACUGCUAUUUCUCUUAAAGGGAUGAAUAAAGACAAAUCUUUGACCUCUGUAGAAGUCUUCCUACGCCCAGUGAAAUGUAUACUGGGCUUCUGAGUUUAAUUCACUUAAAUUAUUCAAUUAAAAGCUCAUUGUGGAAAAAUAA